UAAUCCUCUUCCUCACCACCUGUUGCAUCUUAGUGUGACAGGUUAUCUUGAGAAGCAUGACCAGAUAAGGCUUAACAUGGGCAAUUUGUUACCAGUGGCUAUCCACCAACAGGAACAAUCAGAUAAUGCCUUUUAAACAAGAAGAGUGUUUCUGACCUAAAAUGGGGAUCAGCUGCUUCUAACGCCUACUUCUGAACCAGCUUUUGCCUAAAACUUUUUUGCAAGAUGUCUGAGAGAACUUUGCCUCUGGUUUUCAUUAAUCUUGGUGGAGAGAUGCUUUACAUACUGGACCAACGCCUACACGCUCUCAACACAUCUGACGACAAUUCAGAGAAAGGAGUUUGGUCAGAAAAUGACAGGAAAAGAGUUAUGAAUGACAUAGUUGGGACCAUGUUUGGUAAAAACUUUAUGGAGGAACUUCUCAAACCUCAGCAGCUAUAUUCUCACAGGACCAUGAAAACAGUGCUAACUCGGUUAGCGCAUGCCUCCAUCAUGAGGCUGAACCCGGCCAGCAUGGACAGGCUUUACGAGCUGAUGGUCAUGGCUUUCAAAUAUCAGGUCUUGCUUUGUCCACGGCCUAAAGACCUGCUGCUCAUCACUUACAAUCACAUUGAUACCAUCAGGGAAUUUGUAAAAGACACUCCUGUGGUCGGGAACAAAGUGGACGAGACACAUAGGAAGAUCAUUGAGAUAUACUCAUCUUUACCAGAAGGUGAAUUCCAGCUUCUAAGACAAACACUGCUCAUAUUUUUUCAAGACAUGCAUGUUCGCGUGUCACUUUUCCUCAAAAAUCAACUCCAAAAUCCCAAUGGACGUUUUGCCCUGUCGACAUCAGGCCCAGUGCCUUAUGGGAUGGAUGUUCCGGGGCUUAUUAGGACAUUUGACAGGAAGGGCAGAGAAGUGAGACGAAGCGAGUUCCCCACAGGAGGAAGUUACACCAGCCCCAUCAGAAAGGGAUGUUUUGACCUGCACGGAGACAGAGUCAUCAGACUGGGCAUGAACAUGUACACUGUAAAUCAUCCAGAGGAGACACACACAUCCAAGGCUCACUCUGUCAAGACGGAUGACACUCCCAACCUGCUGGCCAAGGAGGAGCUGAACCUGCUGGCUCGUCUAAUGGGCAGCAUGAAAGCCGACGACAUGCCCAAAACUGAAAGUGGCUUUCGGAUCAGCCUGUUUACUACAGACCAGGAGGAGGAGGAGGCGGAAGCUUCAAGUGGCGCUGAGGAGCCUUUAUUUGGAGUGAUAAAUAUCCAAGCAAUGGAGGAUGAACAGGCUGCGACUCAACUGGCUCAAAUUGCGGGACAGUUUGCGGAGGCAGAAGAGCAGCCGGAAAACCUCAGCAGCAGCAAAGGAGACGACCUGCUGGCCAUGAUGGACGACCUCUGACCCCGUUGUGUAGCUUCAAAGUAGUUUGAUUUAUUUCCACUUUACUUCCUCACUCUUUAGCUCAGGUAAAAUCACAUUAUCUGUCACGGUGAGCUUCUGUUAAACCUGUAAAAUAUGCAGUUGUCGAUGUAUUCAGUUGUAAAACUGGUUGUUUAACAUUGACGUAGAUUAGAGUGUAUGAUAAAUAUCAAAUGACUCCUAAACUACACUUUUAAUUACUAGCACUUGGAGAAGUACUACAUAAAUGCAGUGUACAUUGUAAGUACUGUUGUUUCAUAAUGUAUUUUCUACAUAAGUAUUUUAAAUAAAGCACUUAUUCAU